AUGUUCCGUGCUUGUACGCAGAAAGUGCCGGGCACAGUGUCGGACGGGCAUGUCGCUGCCGGCGUGCUUUCCGCGACGUCGUUCGGGUGGGUAGCGAAACAGAUCGACCAUCUGACAGGCGAGAAGGGUCGUAGUGGGGUGAGCAUCGAGAGCGUCGGGAUGAAGGGGCUGAAGGCUUUGCGCGACAGCAUGGUUGAGUACGUCGGCAAGGUCAUUGCCGUAAAACGCACUGCGGCACCGACUUCUCAAGCCGCCGGACCCGGCGACAGUGCCAUUGAUGACGACGGCGCGGAAGGACAGAAGGCGCCCCAAGGUGCAGUUGCCGCCCAGCAUCAGGGGAACGCGAGGGUGCAUGGGGAAGGUGGAAACGGUGGAGGAGGCGACGCAGAGGCAGGUGCAGGAAGGUUGGAAACGGAGAAGUCGUCGUCGUCGUCUGAGUCGGAGUCGGAGUCGGAGGAGGAAGACGAGGCGGUGAAGCGUAAGGUCGAGGACGAGGAGGAGGAGGAGGAGGAGGAGGAUGAGGAGGAGGAGGAGGAGGAGGAGGAGGAGGAGGAGGAGGAGGAGGAGGAGGAGGAGGAGGAGGAGGAGAAUAAGGACGAGAAUGGUGAGAAGUGGGAGGGAGGGGAUGAAGAGGUGGAGCUCGUGGUGGAGUAUGUAGAGGGUACGGUUGAGGCGGGAGCGGCGGAAGAGGCGGUGGGGUCGGCAGAUCAGGGGAAUGAGGAAGAGAAGGACGACGGCGCGGGAAAUGCUACGAGGUCGGCAGAUGUGGGGAAGGAGAAGGGCGAGGUCGGCGUGGAGGCAACGACGGGAAAUGGCCAGGAUGAGGGGGCCUGCGAGGGAGGUGGGAAGGUGUCGGUCAACGCCGGCGAAGGGGCGAACAACACGGGCAUGCAGGAGACCGGGGAAGCACCUGGUCGGCAGGGCCCUGAACUGGACGACGUUGAGGAGCUGCAACGGGAGAACUGUGGACUCGUCGACCACGUUAAAGGGUUUGCCGAGCAGGUCGGCGACACCGAGAAGUAUGCCGCGGAACAGCUGCGAAACGCGACGGAGGCCAUGUCGAAGACCAUCACGGGCAACAUCACCGGCAGCUUUGACGAAACAUGGAAGUCGAUGAAGACAUUUGCGGAACAGGCGACGGAGUGGUUGGAGGACUUCGACAAUCCAGAGGGUCGUGUCGCGUAUGCACGGGCGGUAGCGGUCUCCGCCUUGGCCGAACACGUAGAUUCGGUGGUGGGCGAUGCGAAGAAGGGGUUGGAAGAGUACGUCUCAAACCACCUUGCCUCCGCGCAGGUCAACAUCGCCACCGCUGUGACCGCCAGGCUCGCCGUGCCGCCGCCGCCACCACCUCAUCCCACGCCGCCCGCCAUCCUGGAAGAGCUUUUGAAGUCGUUCAAGGCCGACAUCAUGAAGGCGGUGACGGAGGCCACCCAGCGGUCUUUCGUUGCUUCCAGGAUGAAGAUGAUGACAGAGAUGAUCGGCACUGUGGCGCCAGGUCGACGUGGGUCGUCGCCUUCGGCCAAUGACGCCGAUAACGUGCAAAAAAAAACGGCCGAGAAGAAGGGCCAUAAGAGGACGGGUGACGGAGACGACAAGGAGAGCUUGAAGCGGAGCAAGGGAGCGGACGGUAGCCACGGGUCGAAGCCUGCGCAACAGAGCGUGGUCAACCAGCUGAAGACGAAGGUGGGGUGGAAGGUGGUAAGGACGUCGCACAGCAAGGGAGGCGGAAGCGGGGGAGCAGAGGGUGGCCCUGCCGACGGGGUUGCCGCUAACGUAGCUGCUCCGACUGGCCCGCCUUUGGUCGCCGAGCAGACCCAUCCUCAGCCGAGCGGUGGGAAAGGUGUGACCGACAAGGAGGUGCCAACUGCUCAGGCGGCGAAUGAUGGCGACUCCGGAACCACCAAGGGACCGUCCGUCGCGGCGGCGGCCAAGCCUGCUUCUGCUACGGUUGCCGGCACCACCAAGUCGAGUCCCUGUAACCCCCUUGCGGCUACCAGCGCGCCUGCCGGCCAGUCAGGUGCGAACAAAGAUGGGGAGGCUGCUCCAGCUCCAGCAGCCCCGGCUGCCGCCAAGGGCGUCGCGAAGGCUGCUUCGGCUAAGGGUGAUGCCGUGGCAUCGGCUAAGGCCCCCCCGGUGGUACCGCGCUCAGAGAGAUGCUCCGCCGCAUGGAGGCACAUAGCAGGGACGUGCAGCAGCAUCCCGUGGUCGACGCCGGCCUUCCUGGAACAGCAUCAAAGCGCCACGAGCACCCCCGAGAAGAUGGAGCUGGCCUACGAGCACGCGAUUGCGUUCGUCGUCUACGACGGCUACGUGAGCAAGGUGCUCAUGAAGGAGCUCACCGUCUUGAAGCCGGGGGAGUUGGAUAAAUGGAAGGAGGUGUGGGCGGAGGUCAAGUUCUUGCCGACGGGGAUGUGGACGGUGAUGUGGGCAAGAGGCUUGUGCCAUCCGAGAGCACGGUUCGACGACAUACUCGGCAGGUACCGUGGGUACGCGAGUUCGGGUGAUGCGCUUCAUGACGUGCUCUGGCCGGCGAUCUGGUUCCCCAUCAUCGAGGACACAGAGGAAGGCAAGGAAGAGACGGACGCUCUCAUGUCGGCAAUGGUAAAUCGCGUGUCGAUGUGCGCGGCGUAUGGGAAGGUCGCGGCGAGCGCGGCGUUUGGGAAGGUCGAUGCGAGCGUGGAGGGGAAGGCGGACGAGAAGACGGAGAUGGGGGCCCAGGCGUUAGCGGCAUCGCCAUCUGGUGCUUCUUGGAGACAGGGGCGUCGGUGCUCGGUGCUGUGGGCGAAGGGAAGGCGGCGGCGAUGGUGGUAG